CCUUUUUCCGUACCCUUAAAAAAAUCCACCAGUUUUCUCAUUUUCUGCAUCACGAAAUUUGUUCCCUGAUAGAAAAUUCGAUUCAAUCCAUGAUCAGCGUUCUAGCUCAGGAGCGUCUGCUGGGCGCGGCACUGGGGAGCAUAUUAACGGGAGUUGUGAUUUUUGAGCAACGGAAGAGCAUUUAUGAAUCCAUUUCUCGGACUCAAUCACAGCCACACGAGCCUAUCUUUGGAAGAAGGUCUCGUCAAGAGCUUGCUCGCAUAUGGAACAAAGCAGUGGACAAGACAUUGGGACCUGUUAUUCAGUCUCUUAGUUCACGUGGAUGGUAGAAAUAUUGGGCAUAAUAUAAUUAUGACCUCUUUAUGAAAAUCAAUUUCGUUUUUGAGGCCCUUACCAAUAGUCUCUCCAUUUGUUUCUCUGUAAUUUCAUAACAUCAAGGCCAAAGUACUUCGUAGUGGAUACUGGGAAUAUCCUGUUUCAAAAAGAAAAAAUAGGUCUGUCUGUUGUCCAUUGUUGAUGUCAUGCUUUAUACAGUACUGUACAAUGCAAUAUUCUUGAAAUACCUACCUUUUUCCUUCGGCAUCUA